AUGAGUGAAUCCAAUAGUCAUUUCGCCGAUUUGGUGCCGAUGCGGGUUCGACAAGAUAGUGUACAGUCGAACGUUGCAGACUACUUGCAACAUGAAGCAACGAGGACAAAAACUUAUCAACGACCCAUCGAAAUCGACGGUACAAUCAGUGGUAUGGACGUAAGUGCGCAGUUGGGUUGUUUAUCGAAUGCUGAUGGCGAUUUGAAUGCAAUGGAUGUGGAGUACAACGAAGCUUUGGAACGCUUCAUGCGCAACGAAAUUGCCUAUGAUGAAUUCAUGGGCAUAACUGGUGGUGUUGGUUUAAAUGAGGAAGCAGCUGAUUUCGAUGAUUCGAUAUUAGACGAUGAAUUUGAAGAGCCAGUCCCCUUAACGAAACGACAACGCAGUCAACGUCGCGAUCCAGCACUUGCAAACGAUGACGAGGAUGUCGAAGAUGAUGCUAGAAGUGAUGUGGAAGAGAACGAGGCAGGGCCGUCAACGAGUGCAUUUUCACCGCUUAUGCGACCACUCAGCUCUGUACCAGUUCAUCCGGGCUCGAGAGUGAUCAAAUCUGACCUAUCGCGGAUUGUUGUAACGGCUAAAAACGGUGAGGAGAUCGACGAGGAUCGUUUGUUGGGAAUCCCGCUUGAGUUGCGUAACAGCGGUAUGUCAUCAGAUCAAGCAGCUGGACGUAACACAACAAAACCAUCGCCUAUGACUGCACCACAACGCAAUAAACUUAAUAAAACUCUGGAUGCCUUACUUGGACAAGCAAACGUGAUAUAUGCCAGGGGUCAAACCAAAGAAGCGUUGACUAUGUUGUUAGAGGUGAUUCGACAAGAGCCACGCAGUCCGGAUGCUUAUCGAUUGGUGGCAGAUAUCUAUAAGGAGAUGAAUCAGCCGCAUAAAUCUCUACAAUACGGCUUAUUGGCAGCACAUUUGAAUAAUCGAACACCGGCUGACGAGUGGGUUGAACUCGGAGAUCUGGCGCAGAGUCUGCAACGAAUUGAAGAGGCAGCUGCGUGUUACGGACGAGCCCUGAGAGUAGAACCAACGAACUGGAAGCAUUAUGAGAAGCGAAUCGAAACGUUGGAUAUGAUCGGUCUACGACCGGUCGCAAUGAAGACACGUCUGCUGGCCGCACAAAAUAUCGAUCAUUCGUCUGCAAAAGUGGAUUUCGAUUGGUUUCAAACACUUAUUAAAACGGUGGCCGAAUACUACGUUCAGUUGAACGACGAGGAGAAGGCAAUAAUGGCGUUGGAAGCGUUCGUAUUGAGGAGUCGUGAAUUUGGUAAAAAGGCCGAAACACAACACCAAACACUUGUUGGUUGGUUUUUGUAUGUUGUUUUUGUGGUGUUGGUGGUUUUGCUGAGCCAUAAAACAUUAGUUGAUAAACUAUUCGAACGUGAAGUAUCGUUGGAUGAUGAGCAGUUAUACUUGGAUAUUGCACGUGCUUAUCAAGCGGUCGAUUGCACACCGCAUGCACAAAAAUACAUGGAACAUCUUUUGGCGAGACGUUGCUUCGCUGAAUCUGCCGACGUUUGGUUCCUGUAUGGACAACUACUCUCGGUAAGAAAUUUUACUGCAAGUGAUUUUAAGCGAAUGUGUUUUAAGGCCCGUAAAAAACCUGAGGCAGCAGCAACGGCGUAUGAGCGUGUGCUGGAACUGCAGCCGAGUCAUGUGGAUGCGCGUAUCAACCUGUCGACUGUUCAGCAACGAUUGGGUAUGGCUGAAAAAGCGUUUGAAACGCUUCGAGACUAUGAUCUCGACGCGGGCAGUAGUUUACCGGUGAGAAUUAUUAUCGUUAACAUUAAUGCUAUUGAUGAGCGUUUGCUGAUUCGACAAGCGGAUUUUUUGAGUGAGAGGAAACGUAUCGAUCAGUUUGUACGUUGCGUACGCAUGCUGCUUACACCACAUUUCUAUAUGGUUCAUCAGCAGGCACCUUAUAUGAAGAAACGACUCCCGUCUGGAACACGUACGUCGAGUUUUAUGGUUAUCUAUGUAUUUACAGCAUUGGCUGUUUGUCAUGGAUUACGUAAGGCGACAUUUUACGCAGUGCGUGGUUCAGCACUGGAGAAGUUCGUGAAACGUUUAGGGGCCAUUGCAGCCAGUGAGGAUAGGCCACCGAGUGAGAUAACCGCCAAUCAGCUGCACGAUUACGCGUUCAAACUGAUCGAAAUUCUUGUGUCGUAUGAGCGUUUCGCGGACGCAUUACACGUGUGUUGUUAUGCGUAUUUGCAACCGACGAUCGGCAAAACGUCAAAAACCAUCGAAACAUUUUUGAAUCUGUUGAUGUUUCUGUCGAUAAAAGCGCAGUAUUGGCCGUUGACGUUCGUCUAUCUGCGUUGGUAUCACACCGUAUCGUUGAACAACAAAGAACUGCUCACGUCCGGAUUUCGUGACUUGCUCUUCACCCGAAUCUUCAACGCAAUGAAUCACGUCUUUUGCCAUUCACAAAACGUCAGCUAUCAUCGUUUUGUGAUGCGUGCAUCAGCACGAAUGCCUGGCAAUAUUGCAUUGCAGAUGAUCUCCGGUAACAAUUCAUUGAUCACUGGUGCAUAUCGUCAUGCGUUAGGUGAAUAUUUACGAGUGUGGUUUCGAGUACCCGACAAUCCAUUGGCUUGUAUGCUAAUAGCUUUAACGUUCACGCAUAUGGCUUGCAAAAAGGAUAUAUCUAGUAGACAUAUGGUUGCACUUCGUGUUAGUUUUUUUUUGUUUUGCGUUUAUGAAUCGUUAUCAGCGGGUGCGUGGAGAGUGUCAGGAGACGAACUACAAUAUUGCGAGAAUGUUCCAUCAAAUGAAUAUUCUACCUGGGAAGGAAUGUCAUCGGCACCAUCAGAUCAUGAAUGGGAAUUGAACCGUGAAAAUAUUCGUCCAUUACGUGGUGGUAGAAGUGUGAAUGCAAUAAAUAAUAUUUUUGGAGGUGCAAAGGCGUCCAUUGAAGAGGCAGAUUCAAAGUUCGAAUCUGUUUUAGUGGAAGCAGAAGAAUCGUCGGAUCCACUUGAAGUGUGUACCAAAUAUGUGGCUUGGUUUGAGGAGCAUUUCCCGACCGGUAAGCAAUCACAUUUAUAUCCAAAAUUGACCCGAAUCAUCAAUAAGUACGGUUAUCGGGAAUCGUACUUGAACGAUGAACGAAUGCUGAAAAUGUGGUUCAAGUUGGCUGAGAAUCGAGGCAGCGCCAAUCCCGAGGCGUUAUUCGAACGUGCUUACACGGCUGGAUGUUGCCUUAAAAUGGCAAAAUUCUAUAUACGCUGGGCUGAGUUACGUGAGGAUAUGCAUGAUGUUGACGGUGCACGUUCGGUUCUGAAUCGGGCACGUGAAAACGGAGCGUUACCGUUGUCGUUGUUGAACGAGGCGAGCGACGAAUUCGAAAUGCGUCAACUACGUUUAUUCACCCAAAUGGAUAUCGACAGCGAUACCGAUACGUUGCCGUUCGAGAAUCCUGAACCGAUGCGAAUUGCUUUAGGCGGUCUUAGAGGUUUGGGACGCAAUCAGAGAACUCCAGCCAUCCGGGAAACGUCCGAGGUGGCUAGCGGUCUUCGAUCCGGUGGUCAGCAGCAGCCUUCAUUCGCCAUUCACAGUGAUGAAGCAACGUCAACGUCUCGAGAAUCUGGAAAUGCGUUUUUGAUUUAUGAGGGAAACGAAGUGUUCGAUGAGCAGAAUGUAUUGGUGCCUCAGGAUUUUGGUGAUGAUUUGGGUAGGGUGGAAUUUGCAGAGAACAGUAAAGAACCAUCGAAGUGGAACGAGGCUCGCAUCAAAGGCACCAAAAAGGCAACGCAAUCGUCAUCAGCACAUUUCGAGGUGUGUAAACUAGCCGACCAUCAAACAGUUAAAUUUUAUCAUAGUCGUAGGAAUUCUGUUAACUCGAAAAUAUUCGAUGAGAUUGAAUACAAAAAACAAAAGAAAGAAAGAAAAGAACGUGAAAAAGCGAUGAGUAAAUUGUUGAUUCGAGAUUUGACGAUCUCAGCAGAAGAACUGUUCGCUAUGGAUAUUGAGCAGAAAUCACCUCAAAAUGAUUCAGACGAACGAUUGCAGCAGCAAUCAAUUUCAGAGGUUUUGCGCGAGAUGUUUGUUCUGGCAUUAAUGGAGGAUACGGUUCGAAUUAAGCCACAUAAUUUUGGAAUGCCCUUCGAAGAGGUUUGCUUUUCUUUUAUUCCAUUGAUAAUUCUCAUUGGUUUGUUGAGAGGUGUACUUUGA